UAUCUGCGAGCAGACCGUGUAUCGCCUGAGCAUACAGCCAUUCCUUGGCAACGAACAAAACGUCAAUCAAUAGAGUUAAGUGUUGUACACUUGAGAAGUUAAAGAACAUCACAUCUAUUCGUGAUUAGCACGACAUAUCUUCUGUGAUCCAUAUUCACUGAAGACUUAUUGCAUUUAUAGAUUCCAGUAGUGGACAAAUCAAUCGGGUUUCAUCUGAACUAUUUAGAUCGGUGUGAGUUUAGUUACGUCAUUUCACAAACGCCUCUUUCGUAGUUUUUUUUUAUUCCGUGCGACGGCGGUGUGUAUUCGCAAAUAAAAAUACUAAAUCGUCAUUAACUCGCGGUGGGUUGCCUAGCGUCCGCAAUAUCCACCACAAAACGAAGAACAUUCGCGAUUUUUUUAGUGAGUGCUGAAACAUGAAUUCGAUCCUAGUUACCGGCUGCAACCGAGGUCUCGGCCUUGGACUGAUCAAAAGCUUCUUGAACCUAUCGUCCCCUCCGAGGCACAUAAUCGCCACAUGCCGCAACAUUCAGCAAGCCGAGGAGCUCAACUCGCUGGGAAAGCAACACAGCAACUUACACAUUCUGCAAAUCGAUUUGAAAGAUGUCGACAAGUAUGACCAGUUUGUCCAGGAAGUGGAAGCCAUCGUACGAGAUAACGGACUGAACGUGUUGUUCAAUAAUGCCGGCGUAUCGCCCAAAUCAACGCGUCUCAACUUUGUCAAGAGCGAAGAUCUGAUCGAUACCUUCGUGACGAACACCGUUGCGCCGAUAAUGCUGACAAAGGCCUUCGUUCCGCUGCUGAAGAAGGCAGCCGAGGCGAACCCGUCGGCCCCCAUGGGCCCUCUCAAGGCGUGUGUCGUUAACAUGAGUUCCAUAUUGGGAUCCAUUGCUGCCAACACGGACGGAGGGCUGUAUGCGUACAGGACUUCCAAGGCGGCACUCAAUGCCGCAACCAAGUCGAUGAGCCUCGACCUGAAGCCGAACCAGAUAAUGGCCGUGGCUUUGCACCCCGGAUGGGUCCGUACCGAUAUGGGCGGUUCGAAGGCUCCGCUUUCGGUGGACGAGAGUUGUGAUGGGAUGGUGCAGACGGUGAUGCAGCUGAGCGAGAAGCAUAACGGAGGAUUUCUGCAGUAUGAUGGUAAGGAGCUGCCAUGGUGAGUGCUGUCCAAUUUGGAUUUUGUUGAUGUAACUAAUAUUGUUAGAGAUUAAAUGUAAUUCAAGAAUAUGUCAUGAGUUGAUUUAAAAAUAUACACAAAAAUAACAUG